GGCCUGAUAACAUGACAGUGGCCAACCCCACCGCGUCGUUCCUGAUCGUCCUGCUUCACGGUCCUUUAAAACGGACACACAUUCCAACCUCCUCUAACUCCAGGGCCAAAAUAUGCUUUUGAUCUCCCGCCCCGUGGGUGUCUUUGCAGGAUCCUUAACAAACUACCUGACCUCGGCGAAGUUCCUUCUCUACGUGGGCCAUUUCUUAUCCACUUGGGGGGACCGGAUGUGGCACUUCGCGGUGUCGGUGUUCCUGGUGGAGCUCUAUGGGAACAGCCUGCUGCUGACAGCCGUCUACGGGCUGGUGGUGGCCGGGUCCGUGCUCGUCCUCGGGGCCAUCAUCGGCGACUGGGUGGACAAGAACGCCAGGCUUAAAGUGGCCCAGACAUCGCUGGUGAUACAGAACGUGUCGGUCAUCCUGUGUGGCAUCAUCCUGAUGAUGGUCUUCUUGCACAAGGACGAGCUGCUGACCAUGUACCACGGAUGGGUCCUCACGUCCUGCUACAUCCUGAUCAUCACCAUCGCCAACAUCGCCAACCUGGCCAGCACCGCCACUGCCAUCACCAUCCAGCGGGACUGGAUCGUCGUGGUCGCAGGCGAAGACAGGAGCAGACUAGCAGAUAUGAAUGCCACGGUUCGCAGGAUUGACCAGUUAACCAACAUCUUGGCGCCCAUGGCUGUUGGCCAGAUUAUGACCUUUGGCUCCGCGGUCAUUGGCUGUGGCUUCAUUUCCGGGUGGAAUCUGGUGUCCAUGUGCGUGGAGUACUUUCUGCUCUGGAAGGUUUACCAGAAGACCCCUGCGUUAGCCGUGAAAGCCACUCUCAAAGUGGAGGAAGCUGAGCUGAAACAGCUGAAUUUACACAAAGGUAAAUCCAACACAACGAUCAAUCCUUUCACUUUGCUGUCCAGAAGACUGACCGUUUCUAAAAAAAUAUUCUUCAUCACAGGCCUUUGGUCCUUCGAUUUAACUGUGACACAGUUGCUGCAAGAAAAUGUAAUAGAAUCAGAAAGAGGCAUUAUAAACGGUGUCCAGAACUCCAUGAACUACCUUCUCGACCUCCUGCACUUCAUCAUGGUGAUCCUGGCCCCCAACCCGGAGGCCUUCGGCCUGCUCGUGCUCAUCUCCGUCUCCUUCGUGGCCAUGGGCCACAUCAUGUAUUUCCGGUUUGCCCAGAAGACCCUGGGCAACAAGCUUUUCGCCUGCGGUCCUGUCGAAAAGGACGUCCCGAGCGAAGACCAAGCGUCCACGUCUGCUGUGUGAGCCCGGCUCGCCGGCUGACCCGUUGCUAGGUGACGCAGAGCGCGUGCUUGUUUUGUGCUUCACAUGCCCCUGCUGGCCGGUGUCCCUCUCGUUUUACCACAACGGUGUCUUGGAGGCUAAACGCUCGCUGUUUCCGAAACCUCAGUCAGCUGAGUGAACUGGUUGGCUUCCCUUCCAUUUCAGGAGGGGAAAAAGUAGGAAAGGAAAAAGUCUAAAGAUAGAGACUAAAAUGGCACAUAUACCGAUUUUCCCCCGUUUCUACCGAGUAGAGAAAAUUUUCCAUAAAAGAGUGGUGAGUCGGGUGAAUUAAGUUAAUUUUUGGCAGAUAUUUAUUCUCUGUAGUAGAAUUCAGAUGUCAGUUUGCCCUAAGACUCACUCUCGUUCAAGUCCAGCUAAUUUUCUUUUCUUUGUGUUUUAUUCCAUUAUAAAAACCAGUUCUCCUCCUAGCAGGAAGACUAAAGUUUCAUAACCAGUAUUAUCCCCAUUGAUCCUGACAAUCUUAAGGGAUUUAUAUAAAUGGAAAACAACACAUUUCAGUAGAAUUCUCUAACAGGGUUAUGGUUGAACUCUAGAGAGCACCUUGGUAUUUGUAUUAUCAGAGAGGGCAACAUACCGUAUUAACCUACACAGCACUCUAAAAUGCUAAUACGCUGCACGUAGAA